GUGUACCACCUGCUGCAGUCCCACGGUUGGCUGGACGACCUCGUGAUCUUCGCCGAGGCUCGCAGGGACUUCGCCACCGUGACGCUCCACCAUGUUAGCCGCGGCGAGCACGCGGACGCCAUCCGCAAACUGGACGACUUCUCCGCCACGGGCGCCGGCGUGGAGCUGGUUCGCCGGUUCGGGGCGUCGCUCUUCUGGGCGGAGCCCAAGGCCUUUGUGUCGCUGAUGCUGCGGCCGCAGCUGAGCGGCGUGGGGCCCGCCUCCGCGCUGCCGGCGGUCUGCAGGCCCGGGUGGCCGCCGACGCACCAUGCGCAGGCAUUGCGGUACCUGGAGCACGCGGCGAGGCAUCCCUCUGAGCCCGCCGAGAAGGCGCCCGUGGUGCUCGGCGCUUCGUUCUGCGACGAGGGUGGCGCGGGCGCCGAUGCGGAGGCGCACGGGGGCUGGGCGUCCCCCGGCGGCGUGCUGAACGCGCUCGUGGUGCUGUACGCGGAGCAGGCGGCCGCCCGCGCGCCCCCGCCCGACAGGGCCGGCGCGGCGGAGGCGGGCGCGGAGGAGGUCUUGCUGAGGUUCCUGAAGGAGCAGAGGGACAACCCUUACUUCGACGCCGCUUUCGCGCUGCGCGUGUGCGAGGGGUACAACCUGGCGCGCGCGAAGACGCUGCUCUACGGGCUCAUGGGAAUGCACGAGGAGGCCGUGGACAGCGCGCUGCUGCGGGGCGACGUCGCCCUUGCCAAGCACAGCGCCUGCGAGCCGGCGAGCCGGCACAUGCGGCAGCGGCUCUGGCUGCGCGUCGCCCGCGACCAGGCCGCGGACGGCGACGCGCAGAAGAUCAUCGACCUCAUCCACGAGUCCGAGGAGCUCACGGUGCGCGACGUGCUGCCCCUCGUGCCCGAGGCCAUGACGAUCGACGCAUUCCAGAAGGACAUCAACGAGUGCCUGGACUCCUACGAGGACCAGAUCCUGACGCUGCGGCAGGAGAUGGACGAGCACCGCACGGCGCUGGACGCGUUCAAGGAGGACCUGAAGCACGUGGAGGAGCAGUGGGUCGCCAUCCCGGACGACGCGGUGUGCGAGAUCUGCGGCACCCCCGCCAUGAGCGAGCGCUUCUACGCCUUCGCCUGCGGCCACUGCUUCCACGAGGCCUGCCUGCGAGACAUGGUGCUGCCACUGCUCGCCUCCAGCGGCCGGGCGGCGCGGCUCUUCGAGCUCGAGGCCGCCCGGCUCGGCCACCAGGCCGCCGCCGCGGGCGCCUCGUCGGCGAGGCCCGCCGCCUCGCUGGCGGAGGUGGAGGACGAGCUCGACGCCAUCCUCGCCGACGACUGCGCGCUGUGCGGCCGGCUGAUGAUCGAGACCAUCAGGCGGCCGUUCGUGGACCCCGCCGAGGAGGCGGAGGCGGGGACGUGGGCCAUCAGGUGA